UUUAACGUCAAGUCUUUGCUUCACAUUUAUUCCGGAAGCUAAACUUGAUGGAGGUAGCGUCUUAAAACUAAACCGUCGGCGCGUGGCAGCGUUGAGUUUGUUCCUCUAUCCACAUCUUAUAUACAAUGGUGGUGAGGUUUCGUGUUGGUUUGGGCUCAGUUUUAUAUCUCAGCUGGUUUGUGCUUCUUGCAUGAUGUUCACAAUGAAAGACGUCAAAUCUGCCAGAUCUGCUCCUUACUCCAGCACACAGAAAGUCCGAGUCUCCAAACGAGAGCUGAAGAGACUGAUAGAGCAGGAGGUUGCCAGUGCCAUUAAAAAGAAGGAGAGCAGUCUGGAUGCCCUAAUAGAAAAUAUUCAGCAACAACUGGAUCAGGGGAUAAACUAUGAGGCCUCACUCAAAACUCUGCAGACCCAGAUGAUGACAGUAGUUGACAGGGCAGAGCAAGCUCUGGCACAUAUGUCACAGAAUCCAACACCUCCUCUUGGUAAUACCAACAGAGGCCAGUCUCAUUUGGGCAGUACUGAGACAGUGUCACUAGAACAUUCCAGUGUCUCAGAGUUCAUGGAAAGGACUAAGAAAGAAUUUGAGCGCCUCCAUGAAGAAAAUGCAGCUUUGAAAGCAGCCUUUGAAGAUGUGCAACACAAGCAGGUGACGACUUCUUUUAACACUAACAUUUCUCCAAAGAGGGUGAUUAAGAGAUUAGCCACGUUUUUGCAAAAUAAAAAAGACCAACCAAAGCUUCCAGAAGAUUCUCCAUCCCCAUCCCCAGCACCAGGACCAGCACCAGGACCAGCACCAGGACCAGCACCAGGACCAGCACCAGUGCCAAUGAAGAGACCCAAGGAGGAACGCUGCUCUCCUGAAGUGGACUGGAAUCCCAAGAGAAUCAAGUCAGAGCCGGAGAAGGUGCCAUACCCUCCUUUACCCGUGCUCCCCUUCCCCUCCUCCUUACCUCAAGAGGCCUUUAAAUACAACAUCCCUCCCAAACUAAAGCUGGAUUUAGCCCUGAUCAAAAACCCCUCCCCUCAGCUGUCUCUGAUCUGGAGCCUGGAGGAGGACGUGCCCAAUGCCCCGCCCAUGGACACCUACAGCAUAUAUCUGACCACAGAAGUAGCCAUUGGGUGUAACCUGUUCGGGGGGUGGCAGAAGGUCGGAGAGCACGCAGCAGCGCCUCUCCCCAUGUUCUCCCUGUACACCAAAUACAAACCCGGGUACAAGAUCUGCGUGUCUGUGGUCGGGAAAGACAAGUUUGGACGCUACGGACCCUACAGCAAAGUCACCUGUGCAUAUAUAUCUGCUAAAUUAUGAUCCAAAACUGUUUUAAUUUUGUAUUAUAUGUAUUUUUGUUUUAUAUGAAAGUAUUGCCUUUUUUAUUUAUAUGGAGGUUUUGUUCUGUAAUAUAUGAUGGAUACUUGGAAAGAAAAAGAAUAUUUGAAUUCAAGUAUGAAGCUCUUUAGUUAUGUUUUAA